GUGAUGGUGCAUUUUUCUGCUGUGCCGCAGUGUCGCAGAUUUUCUCCCGGAGUAAAGCUUGUCAGCCAGCUCACCACAGAAAGAAGUAUCAGCUACAGACUCUGCAAUACUCCAGUACCAUCUACCGGCUCCUUUGGGGAAUGCAGCAUGGAAAUUCAAAGAUAGAGGCCACCCUGGAUCCUAUGUGGUUGUCCAUGAGGCCCUCUGGAAGAGCAUAAAAGAAGAGACAAAGGCCAUAUGCUCUUUCUGUCUCUCUCUCCACACUCUCAUCCAUUCAACUAAAGCGACUGGAUACUACCACAAUCUGCCCCAGGAAGGAUGCUGGCAAUGGCAUAGUGUAUUGAAGACAAGUUGUAGACCCUUCGAACUUCAAGCAACAAACACCAGAGCAGAACUCUCAGCCUGAACUCAGCCCUUAACUAGAAACGUGGGAGUUAGAAGGAUCCUGGUGUAGUGCCGGAGCAGACAGCUGAAACCUGAAACAAUGGAAUAGACUAAACCAUUGGAAAGGUUCAGAAAAGAGCUAAAAGAAUGAUCUGAGCCGAUUAAUUCCCCAGCUUUCUCCAGAACCUGGGGGCUUUUAGUGCUCCCACCAACUGCCUCUGUACUCACUAGAUAUCCUAGCUCAUAUCAUUCAUUUUUCCUCCUUUCAGAAACAACUCAGCAAGACCUGAAUUUUGGCUAGCAUCUUGGGCCAUUAACAUCAGUGGGGUUACUCCUGAUUUACACUGGGGUGGUGGAGAUCUUAAUAAAGGAUGGAGUUCCAACCAUCGGAUGUGUCCUGACUAUCUGAUUGCCCAUGGAGUCAUUUGUCUUUCUGCUCCCACUGCACACCCUGCCUGAGUCGACUGUCAAACUCCCAGCUGUUAUGCUGUUACCUGACACUAAUUGCAUAUGGUUAGAUAUGAAGCUGGGCUGGGAAUGAUCAGGGUCUGGAUGGAUGCCAGAGAAGGCUGUGAAAGCCACAGGGGGCGGUGACUUGGGGCAGUGAUCCAUUCUUAGAUCAGCAAAGUAACAACCUGCUCCUGGCAAUCCAGCUGUUGACCCGUGUUUCCCAAGGCAGGAAAGCGAAAGCUAACUCAGCUCUACUCCCCGGAGGCACCAUGAACCCAGCCCUGCGCCGCCCCCGUGGGGUUGUUUGUUCGAGCUGCCAGGGCCCCUAUAAGAUCCCGGUGACCUUUAAAGGGUGCAAGCACAAGUUCUGCCGCUUCUGUGUCAUCCCCUUCAAGGGGGAGUCGGGCACAGCCACCUCCUGCCCCCUGUGCCACAAGGCCCCUAGGCACGGAGAGGACAAGCCCCAGGGGCAACCGGGCAGCGGGGCAGAUGAAACUGAAAAUGUCAGUCUGGAAGUGGGCGAAGAACCUGAGGUGGAGUGGGAGUGCCGGGAACACCAGGUGGUUCUGGACCUGUUCUGCACAGAGGAUCAAACCCCCAUCUGCAUGAGCUGCAGGGACUCCCAGGCUCAUGUCGCUCAUGCUGUGGUUCCCAUUGAGAAGGCUGCCCAGGAGUACAAGAUUAAGCUGCAGACAGCAGUGGAGCUCCUGAAAAAGCAGACGGAGGAAGCUUGGGAGCUGAAAUACCAGGAGGGAAAGAAGACAGCUGACUGGAAGGCGAAGACGCACUAUCAGAGAAUGUGCAUCGAGAUCGAAUUUGAGAAGCUGCACGAGUUCCUGAAUGAGGAAGAGGAGCAGCUGCUGCGGAAACUGAGGAAGGAGGAGAAAGAGACCCUGAAGAAGCUGCAUGGGAAUAUAAUAAAGCUCUCAGAACAGUGCUCCUCUCUGCAGAAGCUGAUCAUGGAGAUAGAGGAGAAGUGUCAGCAACCGGCUGCCGCAUUGCUGAAGGAUGCGAAAGACACAUUGACCAGGAGUGAAAAUAUUCAAGUGCAGGAACCUGAAGCUGUGUUUACUGAACUGAAGAACAUAUACAACAUUCCUAGCAUUGAUAUUAUUGACAUUCUAAGGAAAUUCAAAGUGGAUGUGACUCUCGACCCAGACACGGCUCACCCCAACCUCAUCCUGUCUGAGGACAGGAGAAGCGUGACACACGGAGGCACGCGACAGGACCUGCCCGGCAAUCCUGAGCGAUUUGAUCCUUAUAUCAUGGUGCUGGGUUCCAGGAGGUUCACGUCAGGGAGGUGUUACUGGGAGGUGGAGGUGGGAGACAAGGUGGAGUGGGACGUGGGGGUGUGUAGAGAAUCUGUGGGCAGGAAGGGGCAGGUUAUAUUGUCUCCUAGCAAUGGAUUCUGGAGAGUCUGGUUAAGGAAUGGAGAUAAGUACAAGGCCCUGAUCUCCCACCCAACCCCCCUCACUGUCAGCGUGCGGCCCAGCCGGGUGGGGAUUUUCCUAGACUACAAGGCAGGCGAGAUCUCAUUUUACAAUGUGACAGACAGGACCCAUCUGUAUUCAUACAGCGGAGCCUUCUAUGGGGUUCUGCGGCCUUUCUUCAGCCCUGGCCUCAAUCGGGGAGGUGAAAACACUGCUCCGCUGACAAUCUAGAAGUCUCUGGGCUAGCUCCAGUAGGAAUCAAAGGCACACACAUGGAAGGAGCACCAAGUAAAAAAACUCCCCCCUCCACCAAUACCUCCCCCCACUCACACACUCUCCUCCUGCUGGGGCUCUGAUCUGGCUCCAUGGGGAAGGGGCCACUGCGGUGGUGAGGAAUGCAGGAGUAGAUUUGGUCCCAACCCAUGUGGCAGGAGAUGGUGAAGUGGGAUACAGACUAUGUUGAUUGCCCAAGGGAUUUCUAGGGGAGGAAAGUAGCCGUGAAAAAAUAUGUAGCAAAAUGAUAACUCAUUUGGCUAACUUCUAGAAAAAGUGACCAAUGGGGGGAAAAAAGCCCAAGAAAAGUUGGUGACAAUUUUACUCUUUUUUUAAAUCACAAGUUUUAUUAAUUGUUUUUCACCAAAAUGUUGACAGUUGAAGUAGUUUUGACCAGCUCCAUACGUGGCUGAAAAACACAGGCUGUGGGGAAUUCAGAAAAAAUGUUGUCAAAUUCCCCCCCUCCCCUUUUUUUAAAUCAAACAUUUGACUUUUUCAUUGCUCUUUCAAAAGCGGCUCUUGUGAUCAAUGAUUUCUGGGGUGUCUCAGUUUUGUUAACGCCCAACCAGAGAUGCCUUAAAGCAGCCACACUGUUUUCAGAGGGAGUUAGCUGAGCAGUCUCUUUCCUGGUGGCUGAAUUGGGGCACUCAAAAUCAAAGGUACUGAAAUUUUAGGCACUGGUCCUGCAAACACCUAAGCACUUGCUUAACUUUAUGCAAAUAGGUAAUGACAUUAGUGUGUCCUGCAAGUAACUUCAAUGGGACUGCUUACAUGUGCAGAGUUAAAAAUCAUACAGUUGUAGGGACAGGGACUUUAGGCUGCUAAAAUUGAAUGAUAAGAUAAUGACAGUGAAUGAUGCUAGGAACACUGGGAAAAUGCCACACAAUGAACCCUAAAAUGAUUGUUUUUCUUGAUUCUGCUGCCGGAGAGAAAAAAAAAUCCAAAAGCUGCCUUUAAUGGCAUAACAUUAGAUCUUACAUAUGUGUAUGAAGCUACCUUUGCUAAGGAGCUGGCACAUUCCACAAGAUUUUGCAAGAGAUCUGCAGAUGUGUCUAACUUCAAAGCCUAAAAUUAUAGCUGAUCGAAAAUAAGAGCUAUUUAAACAGUUUUCAGAAUGAAUUCCCAUUAAAUUUCAGUGGGAAUUGUGUGGCUAAAUCCCAACUGUGCUUUAAAAAAUUUCAAAUAUUGUUUUCUAGAGGUACAAGUUUGUUCAGCACUGAAACUGAAGUUUCAUCACUUAAAUAUCCUACCUUUUAAAACUUGCAAUACUCAGGUUUCUGGAGUACAGGCAAGUCUCAUCUUACACGGGGAUUCCAUUCCGCAGUUAGCACGUAAAACAAAAACCUCAUAUAGUGAAACACUCAUUGAGUUGAAUGGCGGGCGGAAUCGCCUGCAUUACAGAUGCAAUUUUUAUAUUGUUAUUUUUCUUUUUUUCCCCAUUUUUACCGACCGCACAAAGCUGAAUUUGUGCAUGUUAAAUACGCCUAAGAUGCAACUUGCCUGUAACAGCAUGCCAGUCUGAUCCUCUGAAUCAACAGAUUUCAGAGUAGCAGCUGUGUUAGUCUGUAUCCGCAAGUACUCCUGUUCUUUUUUUGAAUCAACAGAAAGACUGCUAUUGUCCACCGGAUCUGGAACAGACCUCAAAACUAAUUUACCAGAGACUUGAGCAAUAAUUUUUGUGUGUCUAGACUGUAAAAAUAUUUAAAACAAUGGGCUGGCAAUAGGCAAAAUAAACCACAGUUAAGAUUGUAGUUAAAUUGUGGUUCAGUGCUGAAUUCUGUGAAAUCAAUGAAAAAUAAAAUGCAUAAUUUUUAA